AUGGAAGAGAAAUUAAGUUUAAAAACAUCUAUUUAUACUCCGAAAAGGUUUCAUUGAAUUCACUGUCAAAAACGAAUUGGCAUUAGAUCAACCAAUUUAAGUAAUACACACUUUAAAGGGGGUGGUUCGCUCUUAAACAUAAGAACUAUGUCUACUUCUUCAUCUGAACUUGAACCUGUUGUAAUUUAUACUAAUCCUGAUGAACAUAAAGGAUUGAUCGCUAAACAAAAUAAAGGUAAAUCUGGUGUUUAUCGUUGAGUUCACAAGGGUUCAGGAAAAAGUUAUGUAGGUUCUUCUACUUUGCUAAAUGAUAGAUUUAGACGCUACUUUAAUCAUAGCUAUUUGUCAAGCAGUAAGAGAGGUGCAUCUCUUAUUUGUAAGGCACUUUUAAAAUAUGGUUAUACAGGGUUUAGAUUAGAGAUUUUAGAAUAUUGUCCUAUUUCAAUAGUACUGGAUAGAGAGCAAUUCUACAUAGAUAAAUUAAAUCCUGAAUACAAUAUAUUAAAAAUAGCUGGGUCUAAUUUGGGAUACAAACAUAGCGAAGCCUCUCUUAAACUUAUGAGUGAUGCUUCCAAAAGUAGAAAUGAAUCCGAAGAAGUCCUUAAGUUUAAAAGAGAAAUUAUGUUAGAUCGAAAAUUAUCUGAAGAUCAUUUAGAAAAAAUGGCUAAAAAUAAUCCCUUUAGAGUGCCGAUUAUUCUUUCUAAUAUCGAAACAAGAGAGAAUAAAGAAUUUACUUCUUUGAUACAGGCUGCUCUGUUUUUAGGUGUUCAUAUGACUACUGUGAAAAGGUAUUUAGUUAAUAACAAGCCAUACAAAGGUUAUAUGAUUACUAAAGCUACAUCCACUCUCCGAGUGGAUUCCUCUUCUGCCUCUAGUCUAACUAAUUCAAAACAAGCUGUAGAAUUAACUAACAGUGUUACAGGGAUUACUAAACAAUUCCCUACGAUGAAAGCCGCAUAUCAAUUUUUGGGUAUAUCUCCUAGACGACUUUUAAACUAUUUAAAUGAUAACAAGUCGGCUGCGCCGUCUAAUGGGCAAGUUAGUACCAUUAAAGGGUACAUUAUCUCUAAAAUAGACUCAGACUCAGUUAAACAAAACUGUAAAACUAUAGAAGUUACUAAUAUUCAGACAAAUGAAGUUAUUAAUUAUUCUUCGAUUAGUUCAGCAGGUGAAGCUCUGGGUAUUCCACAGUCAAGUAUUUCUGUUUAUUUAAGUAGAAAACGUACUACUCCGUUUAGAGGUAUUUAUCUUUUUAAAUUAGUUUAA